AUUUAUUGUGGUAUGUAAACAUUCAAGAUGGUGUCGGUCUGUAGCUAAGGCGGGAGUCUUUUUUGACUGAGUGAGUUGUUGUCAAUCGAAAGAAACUAUCGUGACAUUUGGGUAACACAAGGGCUGAAGAACUCCUGGUGAGAGAAAGCAAACUCAAGAAGACGCCGUACACUAAACCUGUAUAACAUAAUGCCUCCUGAUACCAAAAGAGAAGAAUUUCGAAAGUAUCUUGAAAGGGCAGGUGUUUUGGAUGCGCUUACAAAGGUACUUGUAUCUUUGUAUGAAGAACCUGAGAAACCUGAUGAUGCUUUAGAAUUUGUCCGCCAAAACAUUGGAGGUAUCACAGAAACUGACUUAGAAAUGGAAUCAUUAAGAAAGGAAUUAGAAGAAGCGAAAGCUAAGAUUGUUGAAUUAAAGGCCAAAUUGCUGAAGUAUGAAGCAGCUGAAGAUGUAGAAUAAUAAUAACCACAUAUUAUAUUAUACCUACAAUAUAUGUGACACUGACAAUGACUUCCGUGGGAAGUUAGACAGACUAUGUGCCUUACAAUAGAAAUAGCAAUGAACUCGAGAACAUUUUGAAGCAUAAGAUAAAUUAAGUUUUGUUUUACACAUUCCAUUAGUCGUAUGUCUAUUUCUUAAUCAUGUUUGCAAAGCUAUGACUGAUAAUUUUCGUAUUUAUUCUAUAACAAAUUUAAAUGUAUCUAAAAACAUAAGACAUAGUUAAUAGUUACAGUACGAAAGCAGGAUAUGAUAAAAUAGAAAGUAAUCACUGAACUAAAGUUUUAUUUCAUUUAAUAUUU